CAUAUACUUUAGAUAAUAUUUUAAAAACCGAUUUAUUCAAAGUGUGGAAUUUUUAGAUUGAAAAUAAUUGAUGAUAAUAAUUAUAAUAAAAAUUCUAGGUAUUAACAAAUUUAUAUCUAUUUAUUUUUUAGUGUCAAUUCUUUAAAAUAUGUCUGAAAAUCAACCAAAAGAUGAGAACACACAAAACGCAUUAUCUGAAUUGUUAGAUGAUGCUCUAAAAGAUUUUGAAGAACCUAAAGAAUCAAAUGCAUCAGCUGAUGCAUCGGAUACAUCUGAAGUUACUAAUUUUAGUGCAAGUGAUAAUUUUGUAAAAGAGAGUCUUGAAGAAACAAUGAAAUCGUUUAUGAAUAAUGAUCAAGCAGAAUUAGCCGCUGGCCUACAAGAACUAAUGUUAGGAGAUGAAGGAUSUAAUUUACAAACAGUUAUUCAAGAAUCAUUAAAAAACUUAUCAGAAGCAAAACAAAAUCUGCCAGAGGGAAGUGAUAUGACUUCAAUGUUCGCAAAUAUGGGUAUUCAAGAUGACAUCAAUUUAGAUGAAGAUAUGCUGCCAAUGUUAAUGCAAUUUAUGCAGCCACUGCUGAGCAAAGAAGUACUUUAUCCAUCUAUUAAAGAUCUGUGUGAUAAAUAUCCAAAAUGGCUUGAGGAUCAUGAACCAACAUCUGAUAAAGAAGAAUUUGAACAGUAUACACAAAUGUUUAGUUGUAUGAAAGAAGUCCGAGAUCAUUUAGAAAAUCAACAGGAUACUGAUGAUGAUGUCACUAAGACUAGGAAAUUCAAAGAACUCAUGGAGUUAUUGAAAAAAAUGCAAGAAUGUGGCCAACCACCAGAGGAAUUAAUGAGAGAUGUAGCCGAUGGCAAUCCAAUACCGGACAAUGUUGGCCAAUGCACUCUUAUGUAGCAUAUAUUUAUCUUGAAGUAUUAUUUUUAUUGAGUCUUGUUUGUUUAUUUAUUGUGAGUUUGAUAAAUGAAGACUGAAUAAAUAUAGGGUAUAGGUAAAAGGGUAGCAGAUUUCACUAAUGUGAAUUUUAAACUUCCAAAGAUAAAAUUCCUCAUAUUGACAUUUUCUAAAUAUUUUAUUUUUUCAGAUUUGUUUAUUAGUUAAAUUUUUAACUUACUAAAUAUUAUUGAWUCAAAUAGUAGAUMAAUCAUUUCAUGGUUAGUUUUUUAAUCUAAUAUGAAAUACACAAUUUUUAUAUGUUAUUACUUAUAUACAUACAUAAUGUAUUGUAUUAUAUUG